UCCCCUGCUCACCAGUUCAGUGUUGCAUCUCCUAUGCACAAUGGACACAGCAAGGUUCUACUUUAGUUUAAAGCCACCCAGGACGCCAGGGGCUUGGCAUGAGUCACCCCCAUCUCUUCCCCCAGAUGCCUGUCGGUGCCCACGUUCACACAGGUUGGCUCUGAAGCUCAGCUGUGCUGGGCUCAUCCUCCUUGUCCUGACCCUGAUUGGGAUGAGUGUCUUAUAUAAGUUAUCAAUACAAAAACCAUCAAUAGAAAAAUGCUGGGUGCUUAUUCAAGAGAACCUGGAUAAAACAACAGACAGUCCAGCUAAGCUAGAGUGCCCCCAAGACUGGCUUUCACACCGAGAUAAGUGCUUUCACGUUUCUCAAGUUUCCAACACUUGGAAGGAAAGUCUAGCUGACUGUGGUAAAAAAGGAGCCACUUUGCUGCUCAUUCAAGACCAAGAAGAACUGAGAUUCCUACAGGACUCAAUAAAGAAAAAAUACAAUGCAUUUUGGAUUGGACUAAGUUACACAUUGCCAGACAUGAACUGGAAGUGGAUAAAUGGCUCAACGUUAAAUUCUGAUGUAUUAAGAAUCACUGGUGACACUGAAAGUGACACCUUUGCCACUAUCUCAGGAGACAAAGUGACUUCUGAGAGCUGUGUUUCAGACAACCGUUGGAUCUGCCAAAAGGAACUAAACCAUGAAACCCCGUGUAAUGACCCCUGACUGUGAAUCCCAUCCUGAUUACUUUACCAUCCGCACCAGAUCUCUGCACCUAACCUGUCUCUGCUGUCUGCCUCCCAGUGCAGUUAGUGAUACAAAGCAUGGACUCUGAAAACACUGGGACUCUUACAG